AUGGAUUCAAUUAAAAUGUUUAUGGAUAUUUUUGAAAGAGCUGUGGAAGAAAGAAAUAGCAAUAAUUUGAAGGAAAUUUUAAAAGAUAGAAGAUAUUUUCAAAAUAUAGCGAAAGAUGAUUGUGAAUUAAUGCUCUCUAUAGUAUUUGAUAAAAAUAAAGGAUUGCUUUCUUUUCUUAAUAACGAACUUAACAGAGUGAAACCUCAAAAAGGUUUUGAUUUGGCAAUUGUAGAAACAUUUCAUCUUCUUGAGUUUAUCAUAGAACAAUUCUCUGAUACAUUCAUACCAUACAUGAUUGAAACAAAGAAUGUAUGCCAGCAGGCACUUGUAACAAAAUGUUCAGCAUUUAUUCAGAAAGCUGCUUGUAGUACAUUUAAUAAAUUGAUAGCAAGUUUUGACAAUUAUGAAAUUGUAUCAGAUGAAACUGUAAAAAAAUUUAUAUCUUUAUUUCGUUUUAGUAUUAAAGAAAGAAGUUUAUUACUUUCUGUGCUUGGGACAAUUGCAAAACAUUGUCCAGAAGUUUUAACAACAGAACAAUAUCACAUAAUUUUCCAACAGCUAAGGAAUGAUUUUAUCAUUCAGUACAAUUCACAAAAUAGAUCCCACUCAAUUGAUGUAUUUCAACUAUAUUUCGAUGCCUUUUCAAAUAUAUUGUCAAAACUUCCAGAAAAAAUGGAAGAAAAAUAUUAUAAGGAAUUGUAUAUAUGGGUGAAAGAAUUAAGUGAUCCAAAAAAAUACGCAGUUAAAAAAGUUUCAAUGAGAUCAGCAAUUAAUUUAUUGUCCAAACAUAUAGAUUUGUUUAGCAAUUUUAUUUAUUGUGAUUAUAAAUAUUGGUAUGAUUUAUUGAUAAAUUUAGCUCAAGACAAAAAUGUACAAUGCAGUGAGUGUGGACAAUAUGCUUUAAGAGGUUUUUACAGAAUAAUUGGGAAGAUUUUAAAGAACAAAUCUUCUGAGGCUGAUAAAGCAAUAUUCUUGCAUUUCAAAAAUCAUUUUGAGGAACAAUUAAAAAAUAGCCAUCAUGUAAAUUCAAAUAUACUGCGUUUUAUCAUAUAUGGAUUUAGUCAAAUGGCUGCACCAUGUAAAAUAUAUUUUACUGAUAAUGAUGUGAAAAAUAUGUUUUCUUUGAUCGCUAAUUGUGCUAUGUCACUCUGUUCAAGUGGUGAUUUAGAAAAAGUACAGUUGGAAAGUAUUUGCAAUUACCAAGAAGCUCUUUUAGAAAUAAUAUUGCAUACAUCGGAUCUUUCAAUCGAUCAAAUUAAUAUAAUUACGAAGCUUAGUAUUCUUUUAAUCAAAAGAUUUCCUGAUUUUCCUAUCACUAAACAGAAUUUUGCUGUAUUUUUAUUAAUAAAUACAGUUAUUAAUAUUAAGACAAUCAAUAGAAAUCUUUUAGAUGAAUUUCUUUAUAAUUUAAUUUAUAACGGAAUAGUGUGGACCUGUUCGCAUACCUUAUUCGUUGAUGCUGAAUUACAACGCGGAUUGAAUAAUCUUCAGGAGCGACCACUGUGCUAUAAAAAUUAUUUGCCUUUGUGGUUGCAACUUUUAAAUCAAGACAAAUAUAAAAGAGAUUUCAUACAUAGCACAGAAACUGUACAAUAUGUAGUUGAUUCAACUAUACACGUGGGAAUCGCAUUGAUUGACAAAUUGAAUCUGAAUAUAAAAACGAAAGAAGAUAACAUAUUUUCAGAUGCAGCCUUCUCUCAAAUUGCUGAGAAUGAGGCAGAUUUUCGAACGUUUGUCAAUAUUACAGAUUUAUAUGUUGAUAUAAUUAAUAGUUUGGAUACCUCUUUAUUUAUAAAUACAAUGCACAGAUUUUUAUUGAAAGUUAUCAGUAAAUCUCACAAGCAUCAUUUAGUAUCAGGAUUUUAUAAAUUAAUCCAUGCAGUAUCUAAACAUAUUUGUGAUUCAAGUAUUGAUGAAAUUGAAACAGAAACAUUAGAAAUGUUGAACAAGUAUAUAAUGAACGUAUUGAAUCUGAUUCCUACGUUUUCUAACGAAUUGUUAACUACAUGCAUACACUUAAUUUUAGAUGUACCAAUGCUGUAUGUAGAAAAAAUACUGAACAGUGCAGUUCAAACAUUUAAAAUUGCCUUUACUAUUGGUAUAAGUGAUUUUGAACUAGCUUGUAAAGCUUUAAGUACGUUAGAAAAAUGGACGAAUUAUUUCGAUAACCAAGUCACAACUGGAUUUUUACAAGAAGUAAUACCAUUUUUGGAACCAUAUUUACACAGCGAAGAAAGCACUGUAGAACUUCUACAAGACAUCAUAAAAAUGGAGCGAAAAGUUAUUAAACAAAUAGUAUUAAGAGAUGAUGAGAAUACUUUGGAAAGAUUCCAGAUGAGAGUUUUGUUGUUUAUUGCUUCGCUUGAUACAAAUAUAAUACUGAAUUUCAUAUAUAAAAGAUCUAUGGACACAGGAGCUACUUGGGACAAGAAAGACUUACUCGAAUACUCGUUGACUUUCUCUGAUAUAAAAGUAGAUUUUCAUUUUGAUAAAAUUUUACCAAGAAUAAUCUUAUUGGCUCAAAAUUCUGGAGACAGACGGACAAAGGUACUUGCUUGUGAAGUGCUUCAUUCGAUAGUAGCGUAUGUUCUUGGCAAAACGUCACAACAAUUAACAUCUAAUCCAGAUCGAUUCGUUUCUCUCUAUGUAAUAUUGUGUCCAGCUUUAUUGAAUUUGGGCUGCGAUUACGAAGAAGCAACGAGGAAAAUUUUUUAUCCAUUAAUGCUACAGUUAACUCAUUGGUUAAGCUCGAAAUUCAUGCUCAAAUCUCCAGCUACUAUACAUUUUCUCGACUCAUUGUUCGAAGGCCUUUGCAAUGAAGCAAAUUCGUCUCUUAGAGAAUUUUCUGGCAUUUGCUUAGCCGAAUUUACUAAAUGGUCUAUAAAACAGUCUAAUAAUGAUACAAUAAGUCAGUCGAAUAUUGAUGAAGUCAUAUAUAAAAUGACAAAUUUUGCCCUUCACCCUUCUGUCUCUAAACGAAUAGCAGGCGCAACAGCUUUUAAUCAUCUUUAUACUAUUUUGCGCGAAGAUGAGAAAACUGUGUCCAUAUAUUGGUUGGAAAUUUUAUACAGUUUCGUCAGAAGUUUGAAUGGUUGUAAUGAUCCAUCAAUCAUUAAUGCUCUCGGUCACAUUGAGAGAGUCUUGAUAGCGAAGAAAAAUCUGUUAAAUGCAAACUAUCACAAUCGUAGGAAACCUUAUGAAUUUGAAGGUUCAACUUUGAUUGAUGCUGUGAAUUGGUUACUCACACAAUGUGGUUGCUUAGAUCAAUGUUGUCGGAUAAAAUGUAUGGAACUAGUUGUAAAAUUUUCUGAACAUGUAGCAAAUUGUGACUCAAUUAAAUCAGUAAUAAAUAAUUACAUUGAUACACACGGAAUUGAAAUGUUUAAUCGGAUAAUCUUAGAUGAAUUGUCAAAAAUAGAAAUACUAUCUGUCAAUAGUAUACUACCUUUACUAAGGAGCUUGGAUUGUUACAUUUGGUUAAUAAAAGGCGAUUUAUUGGACAUACAAUGUCUACUUGGCAAUUUAAAUUCACAAAAAGAAGUAAUUUUCAAUUGUGCUAGAAAUUUUAUUCAUGUGAUAAAUAGGAUUAAAAUAGAAAAUAAGGAAGAUGAUAUGGUAAUAUUAUCAAAAGAGAUUGAACAUCUACAAACGUUACAAUGUAAAACAAUAUUGAGUAUAUUUGAUUUCAUACAAAUUUUAUUGAAUAUAGAUGAUAAUUUAAUUCCCGAUUUCUUUUUUAAUAAAGACUUCUUCGAAUUAAUUGCAAAAUGUAUAAUGUGUCCGCAAUUAAUAGGAUUUGAUUUUAAGAAUAUUGAUAUUACUGAAGAAAUUGUGGGAAAUUUGUUACAAUCUAUAAUGUGUAAAAAUGUAUACCAUCUAAUUAAAUAUGAACUAUCGAUAUAUGUGAAGAAGCAUAUAAAUGAUUCUGUUGCAUUAGAUAACAUUAUUUCUGGUGAAAAGAAUUUUAGUGAACUUAAACAAUAUAUUCGUGGUUUAAGUUUUUUGGAUCAUCAUAAUAUUCUUAAUCAAUUAGAUAAUAUAAAGGAAUUAAUCAAUCGAGAAGAUAAAAUUACACGUAUUUUUAAGGCUUUAAUAAGAGAAUCACUCGGAGAACUUAUUUAUAUAAGUAUAAAGCCAUCAGCAAAAGAUUAUCUGAAAAUUUUAAUGGAAUUUUUACUUAUACAUUAUGAGUCAUCAAUUACAAGAAUGUUAAUUGAAUUCAUUGAAGAUGAUACAAUGCUCGGAUCAGAUGACAGAAAAAUUAAACAUGGUGUACAUUUUUUGAAUACAUUUAAAUGCGAAAUAUUUAAAUACAUGUUAAAGGAUACAGAAAAAACUAUGGAAAUAUUUGAUGAUUUAUUGCAACGAGAUCCAUCUACUUUUUUAAUGAUAAUGGAACAAUUGUUCUUAUUUAUGCAACGCUAUAAAAAGAAAUUCCAUGAUCGUGCAGAAAUAUUAGUAAAUACAGUUAUUAAAAAAUUCACAGUAUUUGAAAGGGCUGUAAGUAAUUUUGAGGACAGAAGGCAAAAAUUAGUAAAUAUUUUUGGAAUUGCAGUUCAUUUGAAAGAUAGACCAAUAGAAGUGUCAUCUACAAAUAAAGAUUUUUAUAUAUGGAUUCUUAAUCAGCUAACGGAGAAUUCAGACAUAGAAUAUAAAGUAUAUAUCCUUCAUAAUUUUCUCAUAUGUCUAACUGAUAUGACUGAUACUAAACCAGAAUUGCUUGCUAUUUUACAUAGUUUGAAGAAUAAUAGACUCGAUGUGUGCUCAAUUGAUUUUUCUCAGAAAAAUGUGAAAGCUUUAAAAAUUACCAAUUGUUUUCAGAAAUUAGUAACGUUGUUACCAAUUACUAAGUCGGUAGUAGUAUUCGAAACUAUUAUUUUAUUUGCAAGUGGUAUUGCUGAAUAUCUGUGUAAUAAAACAACUAAUGAAUAUUUACAAAAAUACUUUGAUUCAAUUACUACCGAUUAUGCUGUGAAAUCUAUACAAUCAGCGUAUAAGUUAUUUAUGAACUUAAAUACACUCAUAAAUGAAAGAUUUGAUGUAUUGUAUAAAUUCCUUUUACCAUUAUUUGAAUUUUGCAAGACCACUGAAAUAAAUCAAUUCUUUGAAAUAAAUAUCAAAGAAAUAUAUACUAUGAUUCAACAAAGUUUGAUUGGCGUCACUUCACUAGAUAUGAAACAGCUUAUGGUAUCAAAGAUAGGAUGUUAUGAUCUUAUUGCGAUUAUGUUUGCAAAAUUACAUAUAAAAGACAUAGAUAGUACCGAGAGUAUAAUUACUCAAAAUGCUAUUGACAAUAUAGUUACUGGAAGAGAACUUAUACAACAUUUAUACAGUAACGUAUUAAAUAUACGCAGGUUAAAGAUUUCUGAACCUGAACUUAAAGAAACAGCGAGAUUGUUACAUUGUUCUGCAUAUAAUUGUUCCAUAGCCAUUGUAUCUAAUUUGAAAAAGGACGAAGACGCUUAUGCAAGUGUUUUUGCUGAGAAUAGGGAAAAACAACAGUUAAUUUGGGAGAAUAUUUUAGAUUGCCAAAAGCAAUAUAAUUUUCAACAGACAGUUACUGAGUAUCCAAAGUAUCGUAAAAGAUUGAUUAAUAUUAGAAAAAGUAUAAAGCAAAGACAAGCUUCUAAUCAUUACUCGUAUAUUUAUAGUUACGAUUUAUCUUCCUGUACUUUAACCGAAGAUAUAAAUGCAUAUGAUUUUAAUGAAACUAUAAUACGAACUAAACCUGAUAGUAGUGAAAAAAAAGAAAGCAUGAGUUUAACAUUUGAAGCUGACGAACUAAAUAAUCAUGAAUGUAUGGCUUCUAUUUGUGGAGUUUUGAGUCAUAUGAUAGAAGAAGAAAUAUCUAUACCACCUACUAAUGACAGUAUUAUAAUACCAAAGUGGCUAAAAUACUUUUAUAGUUCCAUUAUAAAAACAAAUUACGAUAAUGUCAGAUUAUUUAUGUUGAAAGUUGUUUUAAAUAUGUCAACUGUGUUUCAACCUUAUGCAAAAUUUCUUCUUCAGCCGAUAAUGCACACAACAUAUUCAUAUUUGAAAAGAAAUCAAUUGAAUUAUAUCAUUGUUGAUACUUUAGAAAUGUUAAUAGAUUGGCAAACUUCUCUUAAAAAAUUAAAUGAAUCGACACUUGAUCAGAAUAAAAAUGCAAUUCAACAACUAUGGGAAAUACUAAUUCAAAAGGUGAUAAUUGUGAGAUCCAAUGAGAUUUCCAAAUCUAUUUAUAAGUACAACAUGAACAUGAUAAAAACUAUGCUUGAAGUAUGGCAUUCUUAUUUGAAACUACCUAAAAAUUUAAGCGAUAAAAUGAAAACUGCACCGCGAGGUGCAAUAUAUUUAAUAUUAAUUUGUUUCGUUAAUGGUAUGGGAUCAGACAUUAUUCAAAGAAAUGAUAUCUUAGAAUUUCUAGAGAAAUCUCUGGAGAACUGGAAAGACGAUGAAGAAACAAUUUUACAAUGUUGUGAAUGUUAUGGUUUAAUCUUAAAAUCUUUGGACGACCAUGACAAGAAGUGCGCUAUAAUUGAUAAAAUUCGAAGUAUAUUGAGACAGAUGCAGACAAUAUACGAGAUCAGACAGAUAAAGUGCAUUCGAGCAUUAUGUAAAAAUUAUCCGGCUGCGGCAAUGACUUAUUUUCAAUUUGUUACAGCAAAUAUAUUUAGAGUAGAUGUUCAAGGCAUGUCAAAUUGUUUAGAAAUAUUUCUACUCUGCAUACCGAACCUCAGCACGGAUCAAAUACUGGACGAAUUACGUUACAUGAAGUUCCAUGAUUUCUUAACAAAUAAAGUUCUGCUUUGUGAGAAAACAGCAUUAAAAAUCAUCGAUUCUUUAGUUCAUGUCCUACCUCCUACAAGUGUAUGGACAUAUGUAACAUUAGUGCCACCUUAUUCAAAGCAUAAUCUUUCUGAAUACAGAGAAAUCGCUUAUGAACAGAAUUCUGGAAAUAAUGAGAUAGAGAACUUGAUGCAGAUCAGCAAAGAAAUAUUACUUAAUGGUAUAUUAGAUCCUACUGAAAUAUUACAAGAAAUGAUACUAAAUUUUUGGACACAGAAUGCAAAAUUAACAAACACCUGCAAAGAAAGAUUACUCGAAAUUUUAAAUAUAUACACUUCCAAUACUGGUAAAAAUUUUUUACCGUUUAUAUUAUUAUUGAUCAUUGAUCUUAUAAAGAAAUCAAAUGAUUACACACAGACAAUGUUUGAACCUUUACAUGGUUGCAGUUAUAGAGACUAUCAAAUAGCUCUCUUAUGGAGAACGAAAAAUUUGGAAUCAAAGGCCCCGCUUUUUGCUCCAUCCUUGGCUAAUCAAAUGAACCAAAUGUUCACUCAAAUGAAUACUACAUCGCCGGAUAUGUCUCUUAACUUUACAUAUACAAAAUCCAAUUAUGACUCUAAUGCUGAAUUAAUGCUUCAAACGACUCAAGAACUUGAUUUUGAGCCCACUUAUAACGAUACAUCUCUUGCAUCACUCAGUAAUCUGGAACAAGAUAACACAUUUAAAGUACCAAAAGUACCACAACCUGCUCACAAUAAAAGGUCAAAGCGAUUUUUAAGUAGUUCAAGUGAUAUUUCUGCGAAUAUACGGCAAAAAGAGAUUAAAAGAAAUAUACGGCACAUGGAAAUGAUAAAAGAGGAAAGCGCUCGGCAAAGAAGCAGUGUAAAAUUAUACAGAAAGUAUAGAAUUGGUGAUUUUCCAGAUAUUGAGAUAUCACAUGCUACAUUGCUCGAACCAUUACAACAGUUAGCAAAGAACGAUCAAUUAAUCUGUAAAGAUUUGAUAGUUCAUAUCGUUUGCUCAUUAAUUGAAAAAUGUGGACAGAAUGGUUUUACAGAAGAGCUUGCAUCUAGUAUGAAACAGAUUAUGGAAAAUGAAAAAAAUAGCAAUUCUACUAUCACUGCAAUUUUAGAGAUAUUACUGAAUGCUUCUAUAACAGACUGUUCACCAGAAGUUAUUGCAAAAGCUGCGAAAUCGAAUAGUUUGAACUUCCUUGGAUCACUCGUUUUAGAGGAAAAUUUGAUUUACGGGACAAGAAAUAUUUCUGAACCACCUCAAAAGAAGGUGCGAAACGAAAUUGCGGCCGAAUGGUUGCAUUUGUCGAAUCUUUAUAAAUCUAUGAAUGAUGUUGAUGUAGUUCUUAGCAUUUUUCAAAAUCACAUCACAAAUGAAGAUAUGCAGAUUGCAUCGUUUUCCCAAGCAUCUAACAAAUGGGAAAGAGCAAAGGCAGCAUACAAGAAAGCAUAUGAAACAGAAUCAGACUUAGUGAAGGAACAUUGUCUUCAAGGUUUGUUCGAAUGUUUAAGUAAUUUAUGCAGUUGGGACGAAAUUGAUACGCACAUAAAGAACAAACUUGAUAGAAAUUUAGACAAUAUUUGGAAUAAUCCAUGGAAAGAUUGGAUGUUCCCUUGGGCAUUUACAGUGCAUAUCCGUAGACUGAUAAGUGAAGACGACAGUGAGGAAUUCCAGAAUGAUUUGAAAAUUAUGGAAUGUUGGUUGAAGGAUGCGGAAAAGACAAGACAUAUGAAACGAUUCUUUGGGGAGGAAUGUUCAAUGUUCUUUUUGCACAAUCAACUAGAGGUUGCUCGUGAAUUUUUACUAAAUUCAUUGGAUGAGAUAAGAGAACAGUGGAUCAGGCUUCAUCCGCUUUCUACUCAAUUAAGAAUUUGUAAAUUACAGAAGUUGCGAAUCGUUAACGAUGUAAACAAGUUUAUAAAGACUUUGAAAACAGUAGAAUCAUCGCGCGAUUUAAACGAGAUAUUGAACUUUUGGAAUAAGAGUAUACCUUCAGCACUAGAUGAUGUAUUUUCUUGGGAUAAAUUAAUGUCUUAUAGAACAUAUUUCAUUAAUAAAUUACGUAAUGACAAGCUGGAGGAAUGGACUGAGAAUGAUAUGGACAGUAAUCCUGAUGAAAACGAAGAUUCAAUUGCCUAUAGAUUGCGCGCGAUUACUUUUGAUAUGAGAUUGAAAAUGGUCGAAGCAUCGAUAAAUCAGAAGAACAAAUACAUAGCAAAAUAUUAUAUGCAACAGGUAGAAAAAAGUAUCAAAUCUUACCCGCCGAUCUUUUUCAAUGAAUUUUUAUUAUCGUGUGGGAAGUUAAGAUAUCUGAUGGGAGAUAUUGAAACGAACGUUCAGAAGAAACUAUCCCAUUAUACUCAUUCUUGGGAGCAUUGCCACGAUCUUUUACAACAAAAUCAUAUUGCUGAUACUACGAAUGUUAAUAGUCGAAAACAAAUCAGCAUGAUAGCAUCAAGAAUUGCACAAUUUAGCGAAGAAAAUGAAAUGUUCGCAGAAUUAUUAAGAGAAAAUACUACAAUUCUGAAAGAAAUAAAUGCUGAAAAUAACGAUUUAUCCAAUAUUAAAAAUACACUAGAAACUUACAGUUUUAAUCAGUUGAAAACAUGCUGUGAUAUGACAACUAAGAAUAUUAAAGAAAGCUAUUUUAGUCUUGCAAAGUACUGCUAUGAUAAAUUAUCGCAUGAUUCCAAUGACAUUCAAUUAAGUAAAGAAUUUAUUCAUUCCAUAUUGAAAGCCAUGAGUUAUGGAUCUCUCGAGGCAGCCCAUUAUUUCCCCUGCCUGUUAAAACCUGAAUAUUUCUACAGUCAAGAAACAAAGGAUAUCUUUAUGAAAGAGAUUGAAAGUAUUCAAACUUGGUUAUUCCUCUCUUGGCAGGCCCAAUUAUUUUCUCACUUAGGAACGUCAAUUGCUCCUUUAAUUAUACCAAUCCUUAAACGAAUUGUUGAAAAAUAUCCUAACGCAGUUAUUUAUACAUUUCGUUUAACAGUGGAAACAAAUCCUGCUCUCCUAAACGAAACUAAUACUUAUGGAAUUCGACAAAUUCUUUAUAAUAGGCCGGAAAUCGAUCGAUUUCUGACAGCGAUGCAUUAUGUAGUCCAACCAGAAUUAUAUUUGCAACACUAUUUGAUUGAAUUUAAAAAAAAUUUAUCUCUGGGUAUAGUUACGGCUGUCGAUACACUUCUAAACAAAGUAUAUCCAAGUUCACGAGAGAACAAGCAUGAACCAAAACCAGGAAAUAUCUUUAACGAGAUCGCGCCUUACAAAACUAAAAUAAAGGAGUUAGAAAACAAGAAAAUUGAAGAGAUUAAAUCACGGGUAGAUAAGAUAAUUGAAAAUGUUAAUAUGUUACUUAAGAAGCGUAAGGAUAGAUUAAAAUUGCGAGAUUACAGUCCGUGGUUGUGUAAUUUCUCUGAGAGAGACGUAGAGAUACCUGGCCAGUAUACUGGCAACAGGAAACCUAUGCCUCAAUAUCAUGCAAAAAUUUUAAAAUUUGAACCUAUUGUAAAAGUAAUGCAGUCAAUUCGCAAACCUAUUCGAAUUACUAUGAUUGGUAAUGAUGCAAAGGACUAUCAUUUCCUAGCGAAAUUUGGAGAAGAUCUACGACAAGAUCAAAGAUUGCAACAACUGUUUACUCUUAUGAACAAGACGUUGCAAAUUGACGUAGCUUGUAGACAAAGACAAUUGUCUAUUGAUACUUAUCAGGUGAUUCCCCUGUCCAAAACAGUGGGUCUUAUACAAUGGGUAAAUAAUACAAGAUCAUUGCAAGAGUUGGUAAAUUUCACUCUGUCGAAGCAAGAAAUAAGGCAAUAUGAUUCUAUAUGUGAACUCUAUCAUGAGUGGAUCAAAAAUGCCUCUUCUUCUAAAAAGAUGCAUGAAAAAUACAAGGAAGCAACAAUGAAGUACAACGCUUCAAAAGUGAUCGAUAAAAUGAAUGAAUUUAUUGGCAAAACAGGAUGGAACAGUUUACGCAAGACAUUGACCGUAUUAUGCCCAUCCAUAGAAAGUUUCAUUACGAUCCGCCGAAAUUUUAUUACUUCCUAUGCUACAAUGUGUAUUGCACAUUGGAUCUUAGGCAUUGGUGAUCGACAUUUGCAAAAUAUCCUUAUUGUUAUCGAUUCAGGGCGCUGUUUAGGUAUCGACUUUGGAUUAGCUUUUGAUGCUGGCGUUGAUCAAAGAAUACCAGAGUUAAUGCCUUUUCGCUUAACACCUCAAAUUUUGGGCUUACUGAAACCUUUCAGUGAAAAGGACCUUUUAGGAGCGAUAAUGAUUCAUGCGUUACGGGCAAUUAGAAAGGAACAAGGUCCCAUUCUGUCUUGCAUGGAUGUGUUUGUUCAUGAACCUCUGAAUUGGACUGAACACAUUAACAAGAUAUUAAGAGAAAACGAAGAAGAUGUUGCAGAUAUAAAGUGGAUUCCAAUAAGAAAAAUUAAAGCUGUCACGAAAAAACUGAAUGGAAUUAAACCAUCUUUGAUUACAUUAGAUCAACUAAAAGAGCAACAUUAUGAUAAGUAUUUCGAUAGAUAUUAUAGUAUUGUUAGCGGGGAUGAUGACAUCAAACGACCACGAGCAAAAAUGAAGAAUGAUUUUCUAACUCCCGAGGAACAGCUUGUCACGAACUGGGGUAGCUGCUAAUACUCCAUUUUGCGUUCGCGUAGAUGCUGGUGUAUUAAAUGAAUUAGCUGGCGUUCCAUCACUCCGCUGCGAUCGGAAUGGAGUAGCCAAAAUUGUAUUUGGAGUUGCCACGGCAUUCGUGGAAGGUACAACACUAGUGAAAUCAGAAUUAUUUAAUGGUGUAUUUAAUCCACCUGUAUGGAAAAUAAAGCGACAAAAUUAA